AUGCUUGGCACUCGUGCGCGCGCUGCGACCGGGUUGCUAGCAGCUUCUCGACGUACGACUAGCUUAUCUUCAAGCGCUCAUGAUCUGCGCCAGCGUUUUGCGCGUCGAUGGAGCUCCUCGGCGUCGCUAACUGCACCGAAUUCGAGCCAGGAGGAUGUUGCGCACGUCGCCGCCAUCCGCAACAUCGGCAUCCUGGCACAUAUCGACGCCGGAAAGACCACAACAACCGAGCGCAUGCUCUUCUACUCCGGAGCUAUCCGCCGUAUGGGCGAAGUGCACGAUGGUGACGCCACCAUGGACUUUAUGCCUCAGGAACGCGAGCGCGGCAUCACCAUUGGCGCGGCGGCCAUCAGCUUCCCGUGGCGCGAGCACCACAUCAAUCUGAUCGAUACGCCGGGCCACGUGGAUUUUACCAUUGAAGUGGAGCGAGCGGUGCGCGUUCUAGACGGCGCUGUAGCUGUGCUGGACGGCGUAGCCGGCGUGGAGGCGCAGACCGAGACGGUCUGGGAACAGGCCGACCGGUACAAGGUGCCGCGCAUCGCGUUCGUGAACAAACUAGACCGGGAAGGCGCCAGCUUUGCCCGAUCCUGUGAGUCUAUCGAGACGAGAUUUGGCGUGCAAACGCUGUGCGUCCAGCUGCCAGUUGGAGAGGAAGCGGAGUUCGAAGGACUGUUGGAUCUGGUGGACAUGCAGCUGAUCAAAUGGACGGACAAGGAAGGCGAACAGGUUCAACGACUACCGUUGCUGUCCUCUGCAGGUGGCAAGAUGGCUGAGCUGUAUGCAAAGGCCGUAGAAGGACGUCAGACGCUGAUUGAGCGAGCGUCGAACUUCGAUGAUGAGCUGGGAGAACUCUUCUUAAUGGAGGAAGAGAUCGAUAACGAGACGCUCAAGGCGGCGUUGCGUCGGAUCACAGUACAGCGAGACAUGUCGUCGCAGGUCGUGGUUACGCUGUGUGGUAGUGCGCUGAAGAACAAGGGCGUGCAGCCGCUUUUGGACGCGGUGGUGGAUUAUUUGCCGUCGCCUCUGGACUUGGCCCCAUUCGAAGCGCACACAGUUGUAGGUGGCAAGAAGACUCGUGGCCAAGCAGCGGAGAACAAGGUGGUGCAGCUACAGCCAUCCGCCAGCGAGCCACUGUGCGCGCUAGCCUUCAAGGUCCAACACGACCGUCAGCGCGGCCUUGUGGUGUUUUUCCGCGUAUAUUCGGGUGUUUUGAACGCCAAGUCACAGCUGAUCAACGCGUCUCGUGGCUGCACCAAGGAAAGACUAACAAGACUCAUGCACGUAGCUGCUGACGACCAGGAAGCCGUGGAGUUCAUUUCAGCCGGUCACAUCGGCGCAGCGGUGGGACUGAAGCACACGUUCACAGGUGAUACACUCGUGAGCGCCAAGGACGCCGCGCACCCGAUGGUUCUGCCUGGUGUACAGAUCCCUAAGCCUGUUUUCACAUGCUCCAUUGAAGCCGAGUCGUCUGCCAAGCAGAAAGAUCUGGACGCAGCACUGGAGAACUUGCAACGGGAAGACCCGAGCUUCGUGGUGACUGUGGAUGAGGAGACCGGUCAAACGCUCAUGUCUGGUAUGGGCGAGCUGCAUCUGGACAUCAUCAAGGAGCGUCUUCGAAGUGACUACAAGCUGGAACCUUCUAUCGGUGCCAUGCGUGUGGCUUAUCUGGAGAGCGUCACCAACUCUGUUGAGUUGCCGUAUACACACGACGUCAUGUUAGGCACUGACCGCCACUUUGCGAAGCUUACGGUCCACGUGGAUCCGUUGCUGGAGCAUCAAGAAGACAGCCAAGACGACGAAGAGGAUGGAAAUAACAGCAACGUGGUGCAGUGGAAGAACCACGGAGUCAAGAAGAUGCCGCACGCCUUUGCUCUGGCGAUCGAGGAGGGUCUUCAAGCGGCUUUGAGUCGCGGAGUACUGACUCCGAACCGUGUGGCGUACGUGAAGGUAACUGUGGACGAGGCAGAGUGUGAUUGGGAUGCGGACUCGAGUGCAGCUUCUUUCCGUGCAGCUGCAGCACUGGCACUUAAACAAGCUCUUAAGGAAGCCGAGCCAGUUAUCUUGGAGCCCACGAUGAAGCUCGAAGUGCGCUCUCCCGAUCGCUGUGUGGGUGACGUACUAGCCGACUUGAGCUCUCAACGACGUGCACAUAUUCAAGAGGUGGGCUCUGCUAUCGGUGGAGAUGGCAGCGAUUCUAUUGUCAAUCAAGGACGCUCGAUCGUGCACGCUCAUGUGCCUCUAGCUCACAUGGUGGGCUAUGCUACGCUACUACGCUCCAAGACACAAGGAGAAGCCUCGUUCGCCAUGCAGUUCUUACGCUACGUUGAGGUGGACACAGCUACUCGCGACCGCUUAACUGGGAACCUGCGGAAAGCGCCACCAACGUUCGAGACACCGGAAGACGAUUGA